AGUCUACAGACGCGUACGCCUCCACCUCCACCCCUUUCUCAGUUACCUGUCUCGCUCCCUCUUUCUUUUGCAUCAUCGACCAUGGAGACAUCAUUCGCAAUUACGGGCAAGGGCUAUGUGAUCAUCGCGGCCGACACGACCGCCGCACGGUCAAUCGUCAAGAUGAAGAUCGACGAGGACAAGAUCAAGACGCUCAGCCCACACCUCCUCAUGGCCUACUCUGGCGAACCAGGUGAUACCCUCCAGUUCGCCGAGUAUGUCGAGCGCAACAUCCGCCUCUACCAGAUCCGCAACCUCUACCCACUCCGUCCGGCUGCAGCUGCCUCGUGGAUCCGGCGCACGCUAGCAGACUCGCUGCGCUCCCGCAGUCCGUAUCAGGUCAACCUGCUCGUCGGCGGCUAUGACGAGGCCACGCAUUCGCCCAGCCUGCAUUGGAUCGACUAUCUCGGCACCAGCGUUGAGGUACCGUUUGGUGCGCACGGAUAUGGGAGCUACUUUGCGCUGAGUUUGCUUGAUCGGUAUCACAACCCCGAAGCUUCUCUUGAAGAGGGCCUUGACACGCUCAGACGAUGCAUUAAUGAAGUGUCCAAGCGUCUCGUCGUAAGUCCGGGCAAGUACAAGGUGAAGGUGGUCGACAAGGAUGGCACCCGAGAAGUAGAGCUUUGAAAGACGUCACACGAUGUACCAUUACAACCCUUUCUUCUGUUUAGUUUUUGCAUGGCAACACCACCCC